ACAGGCUGGCGGCCGCGCUCUGAGCUGGCGGCGCGUGAGGAGGGAGCAGCGUGCCGGGAACGUGCCGCGGCGGCUUUGAGGCCGGUGUGAAGGGGGAGAUGGAGCCGGACAGUGCGCAAACCACAAAUCAGACGCAAACAGAAUCUUUGUCUCCAUCUCCCAACACUGUGUCACCAGUGCCUUUAAAUAACCCGACCAGUGCCCCAAGGUUUGGAACAGUUAUUCCUAAUCGCAUCUUUGUAGGAGGAAUUGAUUUUAAGACUAACGAAAAUGACCUAAGGAAGUUUUUUGCCCAGUAUGGGUGUGUAAAAGAAGUGAAGAUAGUUAAUGACAGAGCUGGAGUAUCAAAGGGGUAUGGUUUCAUCACUUUUGAAACACAAGAAGAUGCACAAAAAAUUUUACAGGAGGCUGAAAAACUUAAUUAUAAAGAUAAGAAACUGAAUAUUGGUCCAGCAAUAAGAAAACAACAAGUAGGGAUUCCUCGAUCUAGUAUUAUGCCAGCAGCUGGAACAAUGUACUUGACUACUUCAACUGGAUAUCCUUAUACUUAUCACAAUGGAGUGGCUUACUUUCACACUCCUGAAGUUGCUUCUGUUCCACAACCAUGGUCUUCACGUUCUAUUUCCAGUUCCCCUGUGAUGGUAGCUCAACCUGUUUAUCAGCAACCUACAUAUCAUUACCAGGCCCCGGCGCAGUGUCUUCCUGGGCAGUGGCAGUGGAGUGUUCCUCAGUCUCCUGCCUCAUCGGCCUCAUUCUUUUAUCUGCAUCCAUCUGAAGUUAUUUAUCAGCCAGUAGAAAUUUCACAGGAUGGUGGAUGCAUGCCUCCUCCUCUAUCUCUAAUGGAAGCUACUGUUCCUGAGCCCUAUUCUGAUCAUGGAAUUCAAGCAACAUAUCAUCAAGUUUAUGCCCAAAGUGCCAUAGCCAUGCCAGCAGCUGUGAUGCAGCCUGAGCCUGUAAAAGAACCAAGGUUACAUUCUGUGAGAAGACAUUUUUCUCAUCCUUCGUCUGUGAGUCUCAAGCCUCGAUAUACACGAAGCCCUCACUUUCAUCCUAGGAAAGAUUACAGAAUGGAAGAUACAAUUCUCACUCCACCUUCCUCUACAGACUCUGUAAAAUAGAAUUUUAGACAUCUACCAUGCUAAUAUGUCUAGCACAUGGAGGGUAUGUAAUUUUCUAACAUACAACAUUUGCUGAAUUUGCCUAAGUUAAAAUGUCUUCACUUUUUGUAAAAGGAAUAAAAAGAAGCCUUGCAAUUCAGGUUAACAAGCAUGAUAUGCAGGAUAAAAUCAUGGUUUCCUUUAUCAAUUAAUAUACCUUUAGAUGACAUUGUAAUUUGUGAUGUACAGACCACUGUGUGUGCACUAUUUAUUUAUGUGCAUUGAAAAACAACAUAUUUGUAUUACAGAGCAAAGUUAAAGUAUAUUUUUGUGUCAGAUAAAUUACAACAAUAGUCAUUAAUUACAAUGUUUUAGCUGUUUUCUUGUAGACUAACAGCAUGUAUUUGUUUUGGAUACUGUUUUGUUUAUUUUAAAUAUAAUUAUUCAAGCAUAAUUUUAUUUUAUUUUGUUUGAACUCAUGUAUAGCUUGUGUAUAUUAAAUUAUUUUAAUUAUUUCUGUUGAAAUUAGAUCCAUGUACUUAACUAACAGGUAAGAAUUCUUGCUUAAGUGUAGUUUUAGCACUUUGCGGUAAGAAUUUGAAAAAAUUAAAUUUGGACCACUUGCUUAUAAUUGUUUAUUUGAGGCUGACACUUCUUAAAUACAGUAGAUAAUACAUUCAUGCUUAUAGUAUCAUUCUAGCUGUAGAAAAGUGCAAGAACUGACUUAAUACUUUAUUUUGUAAGACAGCUAGAAAUGUUUACCUAGUCUUUACAUUUAAUAUUUUUCCAAUGCCUGUACAAGCUUAAAAUGCAUUGACAGACUACAUCAUGUGUUGAGAUAGUAUACAAUUUCCUUCUCAACUGUAAGGACUUUAAACAUUUAUUCCUCUUUUUUUCUCUAUGCUUUCUUUUUUCAAGGAUUCCAUCUGUAUUUUUUUAAACUGAAAACAGGUCAAAACAUGACUGCUGUAUUUAAUAGGAGUAAAAGCCAUGCCUUAUUGUUUACAAACUGUUGAAGGUCAUUAUUUUUAUCUUUUUUAUGUAUGUAAAAUAUUUUUCAAUUAUUACUUUUUUAUUUUUUGAUCUGCUUGAAUGACUUUCCAAAUAUAUUUGCAAUACUUUGUUUUAGUUUUAUAUCAGAUGAGGGUCUUGCAGAGUGGGCAUUAUAGCUCUACUAGCCAAUACACGGGUAAUAUUUAAAUAGUCUUAUUGAAAAUUGCAAUCUGUAGCAUUCUUUUAUAGUGAAGUGUAAAACAGGUGGUGCCUGAUUCU